AGUCAAGAAUGGCAGACGCAACAAGAAGAGCUGGUGGCAGAGGACGUUCAAAUGCACCGCCACAACAAGCGCCCAGACGACCAGGAGAUAAUCCGCCAAUUUCCCAGGGAAUUGGACGUGGAGCUGUGCGAACUGCACCACAGGUGACAACUGCUGGACCUCCUGUUGUGACUCCAGCAGCCAUUCAAACCCCAGGGGAUGUGGCAGGGGCGACAGCCAUCGAAUCCCAAAGGGCACCAGACCGAGAAGCCAACCGGAAUAUUGUCACAAGACCCUCGCCGACAUUCGUCAAAACUGGAUCGGGAGGAGCUCCGCUGGAUGUGCGCUCCAAUUACUUUCAGUUGAUUAAGAAACCGGAUAUGCAUCUGUUGCAAUAUCGAGUCGAUUUCACACCGGAAAUCGAUCACCCUGGUGUGAAAAAAGCUCUCAUUCGCGUUCACGAAAAAACCCUGGGCAAAUACGUGUUCGACGGGACUCUACUCUACAACACGACUCGUCUGGCCCAACCGCUGGAAUUGGCGUCGAGACGGACGUCCGAUGAAACCGACGUCAAAAUAACUUUGGAUUUUAAGAAUGAAAUUCAGGCGGGCGAUCCUGUUUACAACAGCGUCAUGAAUUUGAUCCUGCGCCGUUGCCUGGCCAAUCUCAACAUGGUCAUGAUCCGACGCGACUAUUACGAUGCAGCAGCCAGAGAAGACGUUCCGGGUCACCCGAUUACCAUUUGGCCUGGAUACCUGACGGCUAUAAAUCAUCACGAAAAGGAUUGUCUUUUGAAUGUGGAAAUCGUCCACAAGUUCCUACGCAGAGACAGCGCAUUAGACAUUAUGGACAGGAUUCGACGCUCAGGAUCGGACGGUAUCAAGGAACGAAUUACAGCCGAGCUGGUGGGCAAAAUCGUGAUGACGGGCUACAACAACAAAACGUACAGGAUCGACGACGUGGAUUUCACGCAAAGCGCUUCGUCCACUUUCCAUUUGCGCAAAGAGGAUCGGGACAUAAGUUACAUCAACUAUUACAAAGAGCGUUACCAGCAGACCAUCAAAUCCGUCACGCAGCCGCUGCUCGUGUCGAAGCCGACGCGUCGUGACAUCAACCGCGGCAACAACGAGAACGUCUACCUCGUUCCGGAAUUGUGCGGAAUGACGGGACUCUCGCAAGAGCAAAGGGCUAACUUUAAUUUAACGCGGGCUAUUUCGACAAUCACUCGAGUGGCUCCCGACAGACGAGUGGAGACUUUGAUGAAAUUCCGUCGCCGAUUGGCAGAAACUCCGCAGAUUCAACAAGAGCUCAACAGCUGGGGAAUUCAGUUUGCAAAUGACAUUGUCAACUGUCAAGCCAGAAUUUUGCCAACGAAAGCUAUUUUGACUGGAGGCAAAAAGAUCGACGUCAGAGAUGGUGACUGGAGCCGCAGUAUGCAUAACACGAAAAUGCAAGUUUCCGUCCGGCUGGACCAUUGGCUCGUCAUUCAUCCAAACAGCAUGGGCCAGCAAGUUCGAUCCUUUGUCCAGCUCAUCAAAAGAGUCGGUGGUCCUCAAGGGUUCAAUGUACCCGAACCAGACUACAUUAGUUUAGAGGCCGAUCGGACAACCAAUUACGCCAACGCCCUUAAGAACGAACUGCCGAAAAAGUCGUACGAUAUCGUCAUGUGCGUACUGCGGACGGGCAGAGAAGACAUUUACUCUGUCAUCAAAAACAUCACCUUUUGCCAAGUGGGCAUUGCUUCCCAGGUUAUUACCGGGAGAAUUCUACAAGGAGAUGAGCGGAAACAACUGUCGGUGGCCACCAAAGUCAUGACGCAAAUCGCAUGCAAAUUAGGUGCUGAACCUUGGCGAGUCGACGUGCCAAACAAGCCGUGGAUGAUUUGCGGAUACGACACGUAUCACGACGCCACUCAGAAAAGAGCCGUCGGGGCGUUCGUCGCUUCCGUCAAUCCGUGCUACACGCGAUACAAUUCGUCCGUCAAAAUCCACUCGGCCAACGAAGAGAUUUCGCCGAGUUUCCAGGAUCACAUGCUCACAUCAUUGCGGGCUUACUACCUGGCAAACCGAACUCUGCCGGAGAAGAUCAUCAUUUAUCGCGAUGGCGUAGGGGCCGGCGAUAUUGUCCGCCUCAUGGAAACGGAAGUCACAGCCGUCAAGUCGGCUUGCACCGAAGCUGGCAAUAGGGUUUUGUCGGGCAAGUACACGCCCGGCAUUGCUUUCGUGGUCGUUAGCAAACGAAUCAACACGCGCUUCUUCGCCGGAAGGAAAGAGAAACCGGAAAAUCCACCAUGCGGAACGGUGGUGGACAACACGGUGACGCUCACCGACCGCUUCGAUUUCUUCCUGGUGUCUCAGAAAGUUAAUCAGGGAACAGUUUCGCCCACCAAUUUCAACAUCAUCUUUAAUUCGGCCAAUUUUACGCCGGAAAUCCAUCAAUCCAUGGCUUACUCUUUGACGCAAGUCUACUACAAUUGGCCGGGCACAUUACGAGUUCCGGCGCCAGUCCAAUAUGCUCACAAAUUAGCCUAUUUGGUGGGGGAGAGCAUCCGCAACCUUCCGAGACCCGAAUUGGCUAAAUUCCCUUACUAUCUUUAAAACAUUUCGUCAAAAGUUAUUCAGUUAACUGGCUGCCUUUUUCUACUAUUCUACUGUUUUCCAUCAUUUU